AUGUUGAUUGAGGCGGAAUCCUUGGCUCAUCUGGAGGAACUUCAGCAGGCUACUCCCCAGGCUCGUGAGCAACCUGAACGUGCUGAAGAGCUACAGGAGACCAUCCCUGUCACUGCACGCAUUGUCCAGAUGUACCAGAAAGGUGAACUUGAUUCGGCGGUUGCAAUGCAACUCCUUGGAGGGGCAUUGAACUCCAAGCAGGCACGCUUCAUCAAGUACAAAAAGAAGUCGGUCACCAAGAACGACAAGUCCAUCAGUGACAUUGCUGUAGGUCUCGUUGGUGAAUCUGCGAAGCGAUUUGCUGCCAAUAUUGGAGAAGGGGGGCUUUGGCCAGUGCUUGCUGGCUGUGGUCUUCAUGACUAUGAUGGGGCUUGUCAGAAUUGGUUAGAGUUUUGGCAGUUGUACCGCAAGGUCCAUCCAACCUUUGGUCUAUUUGACCGGGACGAUGUGGACUUGAGUAGAACCGCAGCAUUUGUGUUGCAUGGUGAUGAGGGGCGCACCCUGAAAAAGGGUGCAAUGCUUGUGACUUCACUUCAAUCUGCACUUGGGCGGGGCUAUGAUCAGAAGCGGGUUAACCAUGCAGGCACAUCACGGGAUUUGAAGGUCAACUUUGCUGGUCAUUCGUUCACGACCAGAUGGAUUGUACAUACAAUUCCAAAGUCUGCUUAUGAUGGCAACCCGGAGCUGUUCAACAGUGCGAUGGAACACACAGCCAAAUCUUGCCGGAAACUGCUAGAGCAAGGUUAUGUGGAUGUGGCGCGAGGUCAUGAGACCUUCAGGGUGGUCAUCCUGGGGGUGAAGGGUGAUGCACCCUACCUUUCGAAGGUUGGACGUUUUUACCGUGCUUACAACACAACUGCCAAGAGGGGUGAAGAGCGUGGUGCACCAAAAGGAGUUUGCCCGUAUUGCCUUGCAGGUACUCGAAUGUAUCCAGCUGAAGAGCUUUCCACAGCUGAUCCAACGUGGCUCAGCACUGUGGCAGUGAAGUUGCCAUGGACUCGGUGCCCAGCAGUCAUCAAGCACCUUUUGCAUGACACUGAGGACCCGGCAGACUUCUUCAAGAGUGAUGUAUGGCACAUUUGUCAUCUUGGCAUUGGCAAAUCUUGGAUAUGCAGUGUUCUUCAACUCAUGAUGCCUUUUAUGCCUUGUCCGAACUUGGAGGCAAAAUUUGACUUCAUGACAACGGAAUAUCUUGCAUGGUGCUGUUCGAACAAGAAGCAGGCCCACAUUAGUCGAAUCAGCUCGUACUUGAUUUCCUACAAUGAUGCCACUGGUGCCAUGGGUCAUUGGCACAAGGGUGCCCUUACAAGCAAUUUCAUGUUGUGGCUGGUGGAUUUUUUGGGAACACUUCCUCGUGAUCCAGAUGGUUACUCCAUGAAGUGUCGUGCUGUGACAUACAGAAUGAACGCCAUGUUUUCUGUGCUUUACAGAAGUGGAGCUUUUUUGACAGAGGAGCAGGCUGCUUUUGUUGCGACGCAGGGCUUGGCUUUCCUGGAUUGCUAUGCCACUAUGGCAGCUGCAAUGUUCAAUGCUGGGAGGCAGCACCUUUACCCUCUUUACCCGAAGCUACAUAUGUUUCACCAUAUCAUGAUCACUGUGCAGCGGCAGGGGUCCACAGCAAAAGUUGCUGUGAACCCCACAAUGUGGGGGUGUCAAAUGGAUGAGGACACGGUUGGGAGAGCUUCCCGGUUAAGCCGCCGUGUGAACAUCCGCCUGGUAGCACAAAGAUCCCUUGAAAGGUAUCUCGUUGCAGCAUUUACAGCUUUUACCAAGGCUGGCCUCUUGGGGUGA